AUGCUCAAGAUGGAAAUGACAGAGAAGAUUAUUUCUCCAUCGAAUCUCGAAGUAAAAGAUUGGAACAUUAUCAUGAAGAACUGCAAUGUCAUGCAUGGCUGGUACACCGAUCCCCAGACUCACCAGAUCAAGAUGGCUCCAAAACCAGCUUUUAUCUUGAGAAAGGGACUCAACAAUUCCCAGACACCUGACGGCGGUGCCAUCCCGAACUAUUGCGUCAACGACGGCAGCAAAAUCGAUGUUAUCGACGUUGAAGAAGGAGUGAGAGAGUCCAUGGUGCAAAACAGCUUCGCCAAAUCGUCGGUCGAUGCGAAAUUGAACGGUGGCUAUUCCAAAGUGAGCAUUGGCAUGAGUGCAAACACUCUCUUGCAAAUGCAGAAAGGACAAGAGAAGGGUAAGACGAAAUCAAACAAGACUUUGGUUGGACAGUACAAGCUGCCACGAGCCACACUAUUUCUAACCCCCGACGACCUUGAGCCGACUCCUCAACUCAUGAAGGAGCUUGAAAAGGUCAAGAAAGAGAACACCCUCGUGAACAUCCGUAAAUUUCAAAUGACAUUCGAUGCAGGGGGCGGCUACACUCGUCAGGAGUCCCAGGACACAGAUCAAAGCAACAGUUAUGGUAGCAGGAAUGAUAGUGAGCAGGUGGUAUUUGAAGCCAUUGGAGGCAAUACCAUCCUAGCAUCAAGUCCUCAGCGUUGGUGUCAAUCGGUGACUAACCCCGAAAAUUGGAGGGUUAUCGAAAGAGCCGACUUGAAAAGCAUCGUGGAGUCUAUGUCUGGGUGUGAAGUGUCAGAGUUGAAAGGUGUCGUCAAACUCUUCUCAAGCGCUAAGUCGGAAGAGCACAUGUCCGAUCACAUUGACGUCACCUCGAGCGGUGAAUUGUUUGCUCAACUUCGGUUGAGAACCAAAGCAGAUGACAAAGAUCAAUACCUCGUUCACGAUGAUUCGGUAGCAGUCCAGCUUGACAGUGUUGGUGAACAGGCCGUCGUGCCCAAUAGGUUCUCGGGGCCUCAAGUGAUGUCUUACGAUCAUGCACGUUGGGGAAAGAACCCCGACUUUGGAAUCUGGACUAUCAAGAAUCGUGACGCGGGUCAUGUGAGUACCAUCCUCUAUGAACGCCCCGCGGUAUCCCUUGCGCCGACUUCUGACACUUCUGUUUCCCCGUCACAGCUGCGUGAUGGAUCUGCUGUCACCAUCCGCACUAGAAGAAACCGCUACCAACCUCAUUUUCAACCUCAUUUCCUGUCCGUUCUUCGCACUUCGGCUGGCUUCUUUACGCCGUGCAUAUCAACCUCCGGACACGAACCAGUCUGGAGGAUUCGAAUUGCGCCAGGGACCAAGAAGACCCUGCCCCUACUUUCUCAGACCAAAGAUGAUUUGCUUAAGGACGGUAAAUUGUUCUGCUUGACGUUCGAAUUCAAGGACAAUCCGCACGGCUACCGCGACUUUGUGCGCGAUGCUCGUGGCUUCAGGAACCCGGGGACUUCUGAGGCGUGGAAGAAGCGAUCAUGCUUGCUACUGGAUGACGAGGUAUUGUCUGAAGGGAAGAUUUCCCGCUCUUUGAAAGUGAACGGGUGUGAAUUCGGCGUAAGCAUUGCAUCGUUUUGGAUUGACCAGCUUGCAUCGGACGGUACCGAUGAGGAUGAUGACCGUUUGUUGGAACCAUUUCCCAAGGUGGAGGAGCCUUAA